UUGUGUAGCUGUACGCUCUGGCCGAGGUUAAAGGUCGGGAAAGUCAGGUUGAAAAUGAGACAGCAGAAGGGCAAUAAUGAAAAAAAGAAAUGUAGACACUAAAUGGAAAUAAUGUGCGGUAACCAGGCUUGCAGAGCUUCAUAAAACAAACAGUUCAUUGUUCAGGAAUUCUGCGCCGCUUGCAGCCUAAUGCCAGCUGAAGCGUGAUGCAUCCAGAACAGCCCAGAACGGGCUUCGCCCUGCAGAGACGACGGGCAGAUUCAGCCCCUCGGGGCACGCUGAGCACCGGCCUACUGCAGGGCCUCAUCCAGAGCGCCAGGCCUCCUUCCUUCUGCUUCCUGCUCCCCAGGGUCCACGCAGCUGAUGUGGCUGCUGCCCAGCCUGCACAGAUGCCUUCUUCUUCCUCCUCCUCCUCCUCCACCAGUCCUGCUCCUGCACCCAUCCCCUCUCCCAGCACCAUGCCAAGCAACAUGGGCAAGCCAGAAUUCCCAGACACAGGAUGGGACCGUAUCAAGGACCUCUUUGACAGAGAUGCGACACUGAGGUAUCCAGAGGAGCUGACUAAUGUGAUAAAGAGCGGUGUAGUUGCUGCACUAGCAGGCUUGAUCUACGGAGGCCUGCCAGCAGCUCGCCAUGCCAGGCAGAAGUAUAUCCAAGUCAGCCAGGCGGAAAUCUAUACCAGCCGAGUGGAAGCAGUGCGCUCAGCCCAUAAUGCAGCAAUCCGGGGUUUUGUGAGAUAUGGAUGGAGAUGGAGCUGGAGAGUGGCUGCUUUUGUCACCUUGUUCAAUUCUGUCAGCACAGGGCUGUCUGUGUACCAAGACAAGUGCGUCCUCAGCCACUAUGCUGCAGCUGGAGCUGUGACUGGAGGCCUUUUCAGACUGAACCUGGGCCUGGGAGGAAUGGUGGCAGGGACAAUCAUCGGAGCAGUGCUGGGGAUUCCCACUGGUGCUUUGAUCAUCAGCAUGCAGUCGCUGGCUGGAGAAACUGCCAGAGAGAGGAGGAGGAGAGAGCGCAGAGAACUUCAUGAGCUCAGGCUCGCAGAAUGGGCGGCCCGUCUGCAGUUGACAGAUGAGUUGAUUGGAGAUCUGAAAGUCAGCUCUCAGGCAGAGGAAACCAAUAAGGACAUGGAAAGGAUCCAGGAACUGCUCAGUUUACCACAGAAUGAGGAUUUGACUCAGGAUUCAAGCAGCCAAUGACAGUAGCUGCCUUACUGCCUUUUAUCAGUUGCGACGUUGAAGGUGGGACUUCACACAACUGACAAUAAAUGGGUCACUUCUUUGCCUGAACUGUCUCUUACUGAAUGGAAACUGCUUCACAUUAGAAUCAAGACACUGUUGUACCUCACCAACUACUGUCAAGGUGCCCUUGAGUAGCUAGUGAGCUGCUCAGUAGACAUUGGUUGUACUGGGCAACUGUUGUGUGUGUACUUGUACGUCUGUCUUUAUGAGGACCAAUUUGAGUUUUAGACAUUGGGAGUAAGGACAUUUUUCGAAAGUGACGAUAUUUUAGCCGGUCCGCGCUUUGGGAGAUACCUCUUGAAAGGACUGUUUUGAAAGUGAAAGGGACAGUUCACCCAAAAAUAAAAAAAAUACAUAUUUUACAUUCAAUCUUACUUGUAGUGUUUAUCUAUCUAGAUUGUUUUGGUGUGAGUUGCCGAGUUUUGGAGAUAUUUGCCAGAAUCAUGACCCGGUUACUCAAGAUAAUUCAGACCUUGGUGUGAGCAGUUUCAUGUAGGAACUAUCGGUAGAGAGACAAUCGUCACCACAUGAAACUGCUCAGAUGAUGACCAUUUUAGCGUUCCCAUUCAAGGAGUUCUGCAUGAUGCGGGUGAGCUUACCGUCUCUGUAGGUGGUGGCACUCUUCUGGCCUUCAUCAGUCUGUUUCUUGAUCACUUGGCUGAGUGUGAACAGACAGCAAAUGUGUUUCUUCACCUCCUGUUUGACUUGCUCUCUCAGAUCCAGCUAGAUCAACUAAAUUCAAAUGAGACCCAAUAAUGACUCCAUCAGCAUCAUGGAGAUCAAAAUCGAACUGAAAUAAAUGAGAGAACAUUUGGAUUGGGAUAAUUUAUACAUGCAAAUGUCAGACCUUUUCCCUUUGUUUUGUUGAAUGGCAGUGUUAAUUAAACCUUCACUAAAACUUGUUGGCUUAAAUGGACACUGGUCCCAUCCCAUCAUGACAAAGGUGCAGCACUUCUACAUUCCCACUAAAGAGUUUUUGGGUGGAACAAAUUAAAGCAAUGUAAGCGGUAUGUAAACAUUAAUGUCUAAAAAUAUUUUAAAUUGGGCUUCACUGGCAACUUGGUUUGGGGUCAUGUAGCUUGAAUACCGUAGUCAUCCUCUCCAAAUAAGAUAGGAAAGGAUGACUGCUUUCAGAGCAUUUAUAAAUGGGCUCUCAGUUCCCUCUUAUGGUGGCUUUAUGGAACUGCAAAUGUACCCUAAAUAAUACAGAAAAAUAAAUAUACAUGAUACAUUUA